UGAAUGUUCGCAUAGAAUGAUCUUUGCGUAGUGAAAAAUUUCCGUCCACCAGACACGGAAUCUUUUUCGUUAUAAUCGACGCUAUCAAUUUUUCUUCAAAUUUCAACAUUUUUUCUCUACAUCGGAUAUCUUAACUAUCUAAUCAAAGUUCACUUAUUUAGAAUAACUAAAACGCUCUAUUUACGACACAUUACUGUAGAGUAACAUUGUUGGAACGCAUUCAGAAUAUCAUAUUUACGAUGGAAGAUCCAAGUAUUUCUUACGAAACUGUUGAACAUGAUCCAAAGAAUUUUACUGUAGAAAAUGGCAUUUACAAGGGACCAGUAAAGCAUAACAUGAAUAAAUACAAGAGUCUCGGAGAAAUGUUAUGGAUCAGAAUUAAAAGUCAUGGAAACAAAAUUGCAUAUUUGGACGCAUGCACCGAAAAAACAAUCACAUACGCGGAACUGCAAGAUAAAGUUGUGAGAUGCGCCUUGUGGUUUCAAAAACAAGGAAUUAAAUCCGGUGAUGUUAUUAGUACAUGCACAGGCAAUCAUCUCAACUCCAUCGUGCCUUGCCUUUCGGCAGCUUAUAUCAACGCAAUCUUCAAUUCGUGGAAUGAAAACAUGGACUUGCAAACUGCGCUGCACGUUUUACGACUGACCACGCCAAAAGUGAUCUUCUGCAGUGAGAAAUCAGUGGAUGUUGUUUUGAGCGCGAUAAAGGAGCAAAAAUGCAAUCCCAUGAUAGUGAUUUUUGGCAAGCAUGUCGAUGCGAUUUCGUUCUUCGAUAUUCUGAGAAAUUGCAAUGAUGUAGAAGUAGCAAAUUUCCGUUACGUUGAGCUCGACGAUAUAAAAAAGACGGCGUGCAUUUUGCAUUCGUCGGGCACUACGGGGAUGCCGAAAGGCGUCGAACUGUCCAAUUAUGGACUAUUAGUCAUUACCCAGGGAAAUAUUUUAGCUGUGGCUAACACGCCACUACUUUGGUUUUCUUCUCUUUAUUGGCUGAGUGGGACAGCGCUGAAUUUAAGUAUGAUCGUGCAAGGCAGCUUAGCGAUCUUCUAUCCAGAAUUUGACGAGGAGAUGACUUGUCGAUUAAUUGAAAAAUACAAACAUUUAUUUUUCUUAGCACAAGCAUGAUCAAUCGGUUUCUCAAAGCGGG